AUGGAAAUAGUUUCCAAUCUAGAAGAUCGCUAUGUUUCUAUACGUCCUAUGUUCAAAGACCUAGAGGUCGAUGAAGAGGAUGAAGAGUAUGAUUAUGACAGAAAACAGUAUUUAAUAGAUUCGUUCGAAUUGUUGUUAGAAUUUGAUAAAAUGAUGUACAAAUACCACGCAUUAAAGUCAUAUUUUGAUACAGCAAAACUCCAACUCACCGAGGAAGAGAGAAAAAUAAUCGAAAAAAUGGAUAAAUUAGGGUUCAAAUACGAAAGAGAAUUUCCUAUACCUGACUUAAUUAUGGAGUUCCCCGAAUUAGCCAUAAUAAGACGCCAACUACAAGGAAGUGCAAAAGAAUGUGGUAAAAUUGCUUACCAAUAUAAACAAAGCGAAACGUACGAGAAGCCAUCCAACGAUAGAACUAAAUCUGUCACCAGUCAGCAGAAAAAAAAUACUUGA